AUGAACUCCGCCGCCCUCAAGGAACGCCACUACCUCCAUCUCUCGCACAAGCUGCAGACCAUGUCCCAGCAUCUCCAAUCCACGCAGCAGCAUUUUGUGGACGUGACGCGACAGCUGGAGCAUAUGCGUAAGCUGGGGGCGGUGCAUGCUAGCCAGUUUAUGGCUGUUAGUCGGCUGCUGGAUCGGGAGGAAGAGGACCAUGCGAGGGAGGAAGGGAAAUGA